UAAAUGUCGACUGGUUUAGUAAUUAACCAAGUUAAAGAGAGGAUACUCUUUUUCUCCCCAACAGUAUAGGGUAAAAUGGAAAGAGAAGCUUGUACUCAAGAUUUUGAAGUAAUUUAAGGAUUGGGAUAAGGAGCAUUUGGAAAAGUAUUUAAAGUGAGACAUAAAAAAACAAAAAUGAUUUUUGCUCUUAAAUAAAUAGCUAAAAAGUAAAUAAAACAACAGAAAAUGACUUAAUAAAUCAUUAAUGAAGUUAAAAUAAUGUAUGGAUUAGAACAUCCUAAUAUUGUAAAAUUAUACAAUCAUUAUGAAGAAGAGGAUUAUAUUUAUUUAAUUUUAGAAUGUGCAACAGGAGGGUAAUUAUGGUAAAAGCUGAAUCGAGUAGGUCGUUUUGAUGAAAAGACAGUCAAAUAGUUUAUGUAGGAAGCCAUGUCAGCAAUAGAAUAUUUGCACACAAGAAAUCCCCCAAUUAUUCAUAGAGAUAUUAAACCAGAAAAUAUAUUGUUAGAUGCAAAUGGACAUAUUAAAAUAGCUGAUUUUGGUUGGUCUAAUAUCAAUAAUCAUUAAAGAACAACUUAUUGUGGUACAUUAGAUUAUUUGGCUCCAGAAAUGAUUUUAGAAUGUGGUCAUGAUGAAAAAAUAGAUCAUUGGAGUUUAGGAGUCUUAAUUUAUGAAUUAUUAACUGGAAAAGCACCAUUUGCUCCUUCCUCAUAAAUUAAAGAUCAAAAAGAAUCCUAAAAGAUUCUUGAGGAUAAUAUUUUAAAAGUUAAAAUCAAUUUUCCAAAUGAUUUCCCAUCUUUGGCUAAGAGUUUGGUUUAAGGAUUAUUAUAAAGAGAUCCAUAAAAGAGAUUUAAUAUUCAAAAAAUGAGAGAACACCCUUGGUUUGCAAAUUGCUAAAUCUAAUAGGAAGUUUAAAGCGAAUAGAAAGUAAAGGCAGAGAAUAUUAAAGAUAUAAUUAAAGAUGACAAAGCAUAAUUUUCAAAGGAGGAAAUUGCUAAAGUCGUAAAUAGAUAAUUAAAUUAAGCAAAAGAAGAGGAUGAUGUAAUUAUAGUUGUAGAGGAUUAAAAAGAAAAAGAGAAAGAAAGUACUCAUGACUUUUCAAAAAACACAGUAUAGUUGUUGAAUAAUAAAAUAACUGAUCUUUAGAAGUAAUUAAAUGAAUCAAAAAUAUUAUUAUAAGUGAAGAUUGAUGAAAUCAAAUAGUUGUAAUAAUAAUAAGAAUAACCUUCUCUAUAAAUGAAUGUAGAUACUAGAAAAAUAAAAUUAUUGGAAGAAGAGAAGACAAAAUGGAAAUAUGCUUAUGAGUAAAUUAGAGAUGAAUUACAUGAGAAGCAAGCAGAAAAUCUAAAAUUAAAUGCUGAAUUAGAAAAAAUAUAAUCAUUAACAAAAUCUUUAGAAAAAUAAAAAGCGGACAAAUAGUUAUUACAAGAAAAAAUCAAGAAACUCUAGGAAGAAAUUGAUUAAAAAGAUUAAUAAAUUUUAGAAUUGAGAACUGAAUAAGAUGGUAGAGUAUAAAAUUCAUUUCAUGGAAGUUUCUUAAAUUAAUCAACAAUUGAAGAUGGCAAAAGUGUGGCAGAUUUAAAUUUAACAUUUCAAGAAAUGAAAAAUUCAUUUCAAAUUGCUAGAGAAUAAAUUGAGGAAUUUGAUAAGGCUUAAAGAAGAAUUAUUUAAUAAGAAGCAGAAAUAAUAGCCUUGAAAUCUUAAUUAAAUGAAUAUAAAGAGUCAAUUAGAAUAUCAAUUUAGGAAUAAUAUGAAGAUUAGAUGGAAGAAUUAGAAAAAAAGUAAAGAGAUUAAAUUAGAGAAUUAGAAGCUAAACAUUUUAAUGAAAUCACAAAAUAUGAAAAUGAUAAGAUGAGUUUGAGAGAUUAAUGUAAUGAAUUAGAUAUUUUAAAAAGUGAAAUAAGUUUGUUAAAAAAGGAUUAAGAAUAAGCAAAUUUAAUUAUAAUGGAUUUAAAAAAAUGUAAAUGAUUUAAAUAAUUUUAGAAUAAGAAAUAGAUAAGAGAUUGAGAUAUCAGAUGGAUUAGAGAUUAAAGGAGUAAGAUAUACUAAUAUUGGAUUUAAAAGAAAAAGAAAGAGUGUAUCGUAAAAAAUGA